CCGUUUAAAUCAAAGAGUACCGCGGCCAGGCAGGAUUGAUUAGGGUGCCUAUAUAUUUUCUGUGUGUGUGUGUGUGUGUGUGUUUUCUUUUCAGCAUAUGGGGCCUGAAGUGUUCAGCUCCUAAUCAGGCUUUGGGUAACGCUGGUGAAGGGCUGAAGUGAAUACGAGGACAAGAAAAAUCGGCUCACAAUGGCUUAUCAGAGGCCUGGGAAGACCUAUCUCAGUGCUGCUCAGAAGGCAGAGAUGGAGGCAGCAGAGGAGGCCACCAAGGAGGAAAAAAAACGGAAGACCCGCCGCCACCGCCGCCCUCCUCCAAGGUUCAGUGACUUGUUUAUAAAGAAGAAAAAGGAAGAGAAGUCACUCGAACAGUCCAAGGAGAAUGUUUACUUUUUAGCCUCUGGAACAAAGGUGGAGGAGACCUUCAACCAUUCACAGUCAAGCUGGACAGUGAGGAAGCCACUGGAGGUCAACAGCACUCUUGCCAACUCCACCAACUCCGUUCCGUCUUUCAGUGACACCUUUGAUAAGGUCUUUGGCAAGCCCAGCUAUGCCACUCAGCCACAGAUUCCCAAGCACCUGUGCUCCACCUCCACCUCUGAAGGGCACCUAGACAGCAAUGGAUUAUUGUUCAAGUCUCUGCUGUCCACGGUAUCGAACUUGACAGCAGACUCAUCAUCAGGCUGGAGCAGUAGAUUAAGAUAUUGUGAAAGUCGAGCAAGGUCAAAGAAUAAGAUUCAACCAGAGAAAGAGCAGAAUGAAUCUCUCAGCAAUGAGUCACAGAAACCAUCAAUACAACCAGUGUAUUCUCCUGACUUAUUUGCUACCCUUGACAAGAUUGUAGACACUGAGAAUGAGAUCAGUGUAAACACCCCUCCCCCACCCAAGAAGACCAAGAUUCUCAGACAGAGGACUCGUGGAAAGCAAGCACUCCACAGGCAAGAGACAUCAAAAAACAAUAUAGCAGAGACAUCAACAAAAGUACAUAUGACAAAGAACACACCAAGCAUAGAGCAAGUGGCAGAUGUGCAAGGGAGAGAGCCACCCAGCAGUCAGUCUCUAGUACCCAAGGUUCAGCCAUCCCCAUUGGUGAAGAGAUUUUUGAACUCCUUGGGCAUCGCUUGUACUCCUCUAGUCAAGAGUAGUCCAGUAGGUCUCCUGCCCCCACCCUACAUGUCACAGCAGUCUGGCAGCCCUCCAGUCACAGGCAAGUCAAGUGGCAAGAGCAGUGUACACACCAGCACCCCAACAGAAUGGAGCAAAUGGAGUGGCCAAGGAUCUUCCUCGCUGGACAUCAGGGUGUCGCCUGUGCCCAGGGAAGAGGAUGUGGUAACAGACAACAGCUCAGUUUUCCAGAGCCCUUCACCACCAGUAGAGAUAAAUAGAGGGCAGUCCCAAGGGGAUCUUGGAGAUAGUCCAUCCCUGCCCAGCAAAUAUGAAAGCUGUGUAUCCUCAGGAAGGUUCAAGGAAGACAGCAGUCAGCAGUAUGUGACAGGGGAAACUUGUGAAUCAGAAAAAGAGGAAUUGUCAGACAAUGAUGUCAACUCAAUCAAGAUAACUCAGGGGAUGUUCAAGGGUGCAAGGAUACCUAAGAUCUCUUUUGGGUCUCCACUGCAGCAGGAGCCCACAGUACAUGGCACUGAAUCAGCCCCUGACCAGAUCCUGUUUGAUAGUGGCCCCUCAAUCAUCAUUAGAACCAAAACUGGAAAGGCAGCCAAGAGGUUGAAGAGUCCCCAGAGCUCCUCCACAACACAGAGUCCCAUUGUAGCGAGAAAUGGGAAGCCUCUUUCUCCUUGGCUAGCUAAGAGGUUUUCCCCAAAGAUCACCAGGAACCGGUCUAGGAUGUUACCAUGGCAGUCAGAUGAGUCACAUAAUACAGACCUCAGCCACUGUAGAAGCAUCAGUUCAUGUGCAUCGGAAGACCAAAAUUCGUGGGCUUCAAAAAAUAAUAAUAAAUGCAAGAAUCUCCAGAGAGGGAACGUUCUACAAAAAAAGUCAAUGAGGUCUGCAGCACAAGAAACUGAGAGUUGUUUAGACACUGAUGAAUCAACUGUGGACUUCCUUCCUCCUCUUGAAAGAUCCCAAAUCUUGGAGAGGAGGAGGACACUUAGAUCAAGCUUUAGCUCCAGGGGUGGCAUUAGAAGCUCCCAGGGUCUGCCACCCAUAGCUAGGAAGUCAGUGAGAAUAUUGAAAAAGAGAAACUUAGUCCCUGCCAGGAGGUCCUCAAGGCUACUUGCUUAUAAUCACAACACCAGCAGAGCUUCAAGCCAGGCAGAAGCAUCCAUCACUCAUGUUUCUUCAGAUUGCUCCUCCAUCAUCAAUUUCAGACCCAGCAGGAGGAAAAACGACCACUUUAUCUUCCACUGCAAGAGUAGCACUAUUACUUCAGUGGACUCCUGGCCAGACAGCUCCUGUGCUGAGCCACCAUUGCCUGUCAGCAGUAACCAGCUCACAGGAGAGACAUGUGGAGACUUGAAGGACACAUUUAUUGGCCCAGAAAAUCUCCAUAGUGCUUCAGGAAAAGAGACCAUGGCCUCCAAGGACUGCCAGCCAGGGAAAGUGAAUGGUUGUGGCAAUGAAUAUGGUUUGCAGGAGGUUUUUGUGAAGCUGGUCAGACUGGAGGAUGAGAGGAGGAUCAGGAAGAGUGUUACUAACUUCAAUCCCCUGCCAGUUCUGCCAGCCAAGCCAGGCAAGGGGUGGAGGCGUUCCAUUGCCAUCCGAGCAAGAGCAAUGUCACUUGGGGCUGCAGAAGUUUCCAGUGCUGUGCCACCUCCAAGGAACCCCAGCAGAUCCCCAGGGGCUCACAGGAAGAUGUCUAUCUUGCACAUGGCCUCCUUCCCUCUUGAGCUGAACCACAGGCACCACCACAUGCCAUUCACAAACUCCCCUCAGCGGUCAGUGCUGCAGAUGAGUUUUUGCGUUGAAGAUGCCGAACUGUCAGCACCACUAGCACCACCUCCUGAUCCCCGGCAGCAGGUGUUACAGCUUUGUAGCCAGGAGCACCCCUUGCCACUCACACACUGCUUCACUGAGAGCCGCCUUGCCUGCUGCCGCAAGAUAGGAGAAGGGGUGUAUGGAGAGGUGUUUAUGACCCGACCUAAUCCCGCUAACCUGGAGGGCGCCACUGUGCUCAAGGUCAUGCCCAUUGAAGGGGACUUCCUAGUCAAUGGAGAGCCCCAGAAGAAGUUUGAGGAGAUUCUGUCAGAGAUGGUGAUAUCCUUGGAGCUGAGCGGCCUGAGAGCACCUGAGAGGCAGAGGAGCAUCACAGAGAACUUUGUCCAUGUGCAGGGCAGCUGGUGUGUGGAGGGACGCUACCCACAAGACCUCCUCCACCUCUGGGAUCUGUACAAUGAGGAGAAAAACUCGGAUAAUGAUCGUCCAGACAUCUUCCCAGACACACAGCAAUAUGUGGUGCUGGAGUUUGGCCAUGGAGGACGGGAUCUGGAGGGUUAUGUCUUCAACAAUGCUAGGGACCUGAUGGCUGUCUUCCUACAGAUUGCCUACAGUCUAGCGGUGGCAGAGGAAGCACUGGAGUUUGAGCACCGGGACCUUCACUGGGGCAACGUUCUAGUGGCCCAGACUGCAGAAACCAAGAUAGACUUCAAGCUUGGGGGAAAAACAUACUCCUUGAACACCCAUAGACUGAAAGCUACAGUGAUUGACUUCACCCUCUCAAGAAUCAAGCUGCCACAUUGCAGCGUCUUCAACAACCUUGCAGAGGACCCGUCUCUCUUCACAUCUGAAGGAGACUAUCAGUUUGAAAUCUACAGGCUAAUGCAGCAAGCCAACAACAAUACCUGGGAGACAUUCACGCCAUACACUAAUGUGCUGUGGCUCCACUACCUGCUGGUGAAGAUGACCUCCCAGUGCUACAUCAAGAACAAGAAGACCAAGCUUCACCGCACCCAUCACAUGCUGCUCACAAAACUUAGGGAUGACAUGCUUAACUACGAAAGUGCUACGCAUUUUGUCCUCUCUCGGGAAUUGGAGUGACCAACAGCUUUUUAUUUUUUUUAUUUCAUCCUUUGAGCUUUGUUUACCAUGAUUGAGAAAUUUCACUUUUAUAUCUAACUCUGCACACUGAGAAAUUUUCUCAUUCUCGUCUCUAAGACGGUGGAAUUUCCUUUUUUUUGCUUUUAAUUAAUUAUUUUAUUUAUUUUAUUUUUUUAUCCAUUGUAAGAAUGCAGAUAUAGACAAAGGAAUUAUCAGUCCCCUCCCUCCAUCCCUUUUGUUACUGAAUGUGGUACAUUUGGAAUACAUUAGCCCAGCUGCUGUGUGGCCAGGCCAUGACUCCCCCACUGCAGGGAGAAAUUUAUGUGUACAAAUUUAAAUAAUGUGUCAUUUGUUAAAAUUUUAUCUUUGUUUUUACCAGAUGAGGAAUUUUUUAAUAAAUCUUAAGUAAUGUAUCAUUUAAGUUUAAAUUUUCUCUCAUUCUCUCAUUGUUUUUACCAGAUGAGGAAUUUUUUUAAAUAAAUUAUCAAACUAU